AUGGAAGAACGGCUUUCGAAGAUUUCUGUGGACGGGAUGCGCGAGAUAAGGGACCUGGAUGGAAGCCUUGAUGGCAGAUGUGUAAGUGUGCGGGGGUUUGUGUUUAAGUCCUCGUGUACAGGCAAGUAUAUUUUCAUUGUUCUGCGAGACGGUGGGUGCACUGUUCAGUGCAUGUGCGAAAAGCCUACUGAUGGCUCUGGAGGCCUGACGAUGCCGGAGUUCAGUUCACUUAGGAAGGUGACGCACGAAUCCUACAUUGAAAUAAGGGGAAGGGUGGUGAAGCAAGGGAUGGAGAUAUCUGGGUGCAGCAAGAAGGACAUUGAGGUCCGGAUCCUCGGGUUUAGGGUUCUCAGCAUUGCGGACAAGAGCUUGCCGUUUGCCAUGAAGGACGUCUCUGCAACAGCUGAGGAGAGGGAGAAGAACCCGACGCUUCAGAAUGUUGCAUACCACAUCCGACUGGACAACAGGGCAAUGGAUCUCCGGGCGCCGCAGACGAGGGCCACCUUCCGGGUGGUUGAUGGGGUGAUGUUCUUCUUCAGGACCUAUCUCAGACAGAACGGGUUUAUGGAGAUAAAGACAUCCAAGCUGAUUGGGAGUUCAAGCGAGGGAGGAGCCAAUCUCUUCAGCGUGGACUACUUCAAGAGAAAGGCGUUUAUGGCACAAAGUCCCCAGCUGUACAAGCAGAUGGCGAUUGUGGGGGGAUUCAAGAGGGUGUAUGAGAUAGGCCAUGUGUACCGUGCCGAGGAGUCGAACAUCAACAGGUAUCUAAGCGAGUUUGUCGGGCUUGACAUGGAGAUGGAGAUAUGCACGGACUACAACGACGUGAUCAGGUUUAUUCACUCAAUGCUUGUAAGCAUCUUCGACAACCUGAAGAAGGAGUAUGGAGAAGAGCUGGAGACCAUCAGGGCCUUCCAUGCGUUUGAGGAUCUCAAGUACAGGCGGGACCCUGUUGUCCUCACGCACAGGGAAUGUGUGGACCUUCUUUUGAACGAAGGUGUCGAGAUGGGGUACGAGGAUGACUUCAACAGCGAGAGUGAGAAAAAGCUUGGAUCUGUUGUAAGAAGGAUGCACGGGGUGGACAUCUUUGUCAUAAAGGACUAUCCGAUAUCCACGCGGCCGUUCUACACAUACAGAGACGAGGAGAAGGGAAUAACAAGGUCAUACGACUUCAUCCUAAGGGGGCAGGAGAUUCUCUCUGGGGCCCAGAGGGUCAGCAUUUACAAGGACCUCGUCAAGUAUGUCGAGGAGCAUGGAAUAUCGCCGUCUUCUUUAGGAGGGUACCUGGAGUCGUUCAAGUACGGGGCCCCUCCCCAUGGAGGAUGUGGAAUUGGGCUUGAGAGGUUGAUGAAGGCAUACUUUGGAAUGGGAGACAUAAGAUGCUUCUCGCUAUUCCCCAGAGACCCAAACAGGCUCUAUCCUUAA